AUGACGACGUCUUCGCAGAGUGAUAUCUCAAGCCCUCGUUCAUUAUCGGAAGAUCUUCAAGGACUAGGCCUUAUCGACCAUGUGUCGUCACAGCUGAUUGCUGCACACGGCACCAGCCCUCCGUACCAGCGCUGGGAUCCUGUCCUGGGAGAUGUCCAACGAAGCCAUGACACGCUGGCUCGGCUCACAAGCGAUCCUUCAUACGCGAUCCCCGAAAGCCCCGAGGAACCCGAGACAUUGGAUCCUCGAUAUAAACGACAAAAUGAUCCUCGAAGAUUUUUUCGUGUCGGCAGGGUUUUUGCUAUGCUCUGGCACGAAAAUGCUGGACUCAACGGAACCCCAGUUAGCCAAAAAAUCCCAUCCCUCAAACAAGGGUGUACCCGAGGAAAAUAUCAAGAGCCGAUCUAUAGCAGCAUUCGACGCAUGAUUGUAAUUAAGGAGCAGAAGGGCUGCUGUUGGUGCAUACCCGUCACGACCUAUAGUGGACAAGGUGUUGGCAAAGCAGGAGUCGAUCGCGGAAAGCAUGCGGUCAUUUAUAUGCGCGGAGCGCGUCCAGUUACGAAGUCAAAUGAACCCAAAAUGACGAAGGAGCCGCUGGAGGUUGAACCAGCUAGGCCAGACCAAAAGCUGGAUCCGAUGUCACGAGUGAAUUUUGGUAAGAUCUACACGGUUGAACACAACGUCAAGGUUCUCCCUGUGGGAAAGGUUACAGAAGCAUCUCUGGAGAAGUUCAAUGCUUACAUGCGAGCUGAGCUCUGCAAGUAA